AUGGUUAAUAAAAAUUACACGCCGUCUAUAACAAAGCUGGUCCUUCGAGCCGAAGUAAGCGAAAUUGACAAGUGUAGAGCGAAGAGAAAAGUCGCGAAAGCUAGCGUGACAAGAAAUAUGAAUCGUGUCAGAGAGCUGAUCUCUGGCGAUGGAAGUGUUUCGAAAGUCCGACAGUUUGCCAAAGGUGUAGAAGAAGGUUGUACGAAAGCCCGUGACCUUACGACAGAACUGGAAGAGCUUGAUCCAGCGUCAAUUGAGACUGAUGGUAGCUGGUUAGAAGAGGUAGAAUUUGAUGUCAACGAAGUCCUGGGAGAAGUUGCCGAAUAUUUAUUAAAGUCUGAGAGCCCAUCGCCAAACGAACAGUCUAGUAUUACACCACCAACUGCUCAGAAUAAUUAUGAAAAUACUGAAACUGUGAACGAUUCAAUGUCUGGGAAAAGAAUUGGUCUGAAAGGUGUUGAAAUCCCAUCAUUCGAUGGAAAACCAGAUAAGUGGCCGUACUUUUGGGGAAUAUUUAGUUCUCUUGUCCAUAAGAACGAUAAACUAACGCCAGCAAUCAAGCUAGCUCAUCUGAAUAGCUGUUUAACGGACAGAGUACGUGAAGUUAUUGCAUGCCUGACCGGGGAACCUGGGGACUAUGACAGGGCGGUGAAACAACUCACUGAUAGGUAUGGGGACCCCCGAGAAAUUAUAGAUGCCCAUUUGCGCAGAAUAAGUUCUUGGCCCCACAUUAAGGAUAAGGAUCGUGAAGAAUUUCAACGCUUUGCAGAUGCAUUACAAGCAGCUGUGUUUGCACUAGAUAAACCUGACUAUAGGCAUGAAUUAGCUAGUAUACCUCUUUGUACCUUGUUGGUUCAAAAACUCCCACCUAGAGAAAGGGAUGAAUGGGUAAAACAGGUUGAGAGUGAAGAUUACUCAGAAGACAUGAAGGGUUUAGCCAAGUGGGCCCAAAUUAGAGCCAAAACCAUGCGUAAACGUGAGCGAUACAAUAUUGAGCCGCCAGAUAAGGGUAAAUUAGAGUCAACUAAUUUUCAGUCACCAGGUCGCAUGCGAGGUAGGGUCCAUGCUCUACGCACAUCUGGCUUUGAUCCAGAACACCAAAGUUUAAAAAAUUGUCCAUUGUGUGAUAAAAAGCACACUGAAGUCUCAUGCCCUUUGUUUUUUGAUAGUUCUGUUGAGAAACGUUGGGAAAUUGUAAAAAAUAAAAGGGUAUAUUUUGGUUGUUUGAAACCUGGCCACCAACGGCGCUUGUGCACAAAGUCCUACAAAUGUGGAGUAGACUCAUGUGACAAAGGCCAUCAUUAUUUAUUGCACAGUUCUAAGUCUAAGCAUGAGAAACCAUCUGAUGACCCACCUAAGACUCCAGAGGAAAACAAAGCAAUGCAUUGUGGGAAAGCACAAAUCAGCACACCCAUAAGUGAGAGGGUUGCCCUGAAAACUGUAUCUGUCCCAUUUAUAGAUGAUUCUGGAAGGGUAGUCAAUGGUUUGGUACUUUUAGACUCAGGAAGUGAGACCACACUCGUAAGAGCAGGGUUUGCAAAUCAGUUAGGCAUAAAGGGGCCUAAGCAAAGUCUUACUGUGGAUGCAGUAGGAGGG